CACCGAGCCACCUCGUCGACGCCGCCCCAGCGAGGGGAUAAGGCCACGCCCCACCCCGCGGCGCCUCGCUCUCCUCAUCUCCCCUCCCCACUUGCCCCCUGGCUCCCCCACUCCUUCCCUCUCUCCCUCUCCACAGAUCUCCCCAGCCCCAAGCACGGGCAUGGCCGCGCCACCGCCGUUCCCAUGGCCGGAGCCAUCCCCGACCCGCGAGGAUAUGAUCUAGAGCUCCGUCGACCUCGUCUGCAUCGCCUACAACCUCCAGUUCGAGCUGAAGCCCUCCACAACCUCGCCAUCUGGUCGUCUUCCCCGCCACGGCCAUGGCGCCAUCGCCGUCGAUCUCCACCACCAGCGCCUCCCCGUGGUUCCGAGCACGUCCACGACCUCCCUCGCAACCCCGAGACCAGUGCUGAUGCCCCUAUGAUCGACUACAUCGACGACGACCCUUCUUCCGUUUCAGCGGAGCUUCCAGAUGGUGGAUCCUUGGAGCCAGAUGCCACCGCCGACGAAUACUACCACGUGAAGACCGCCGAUGACUAGGAGUAGUUAGGAGGUCCCAGGCAGGAGGCCUUGCCUCUUCGAUCGUUGAUGUUUGUGAUAGCCUUCUUAUGGCGAAACUUGUUUAACUUAUGUCUGUACUCAGAUAUUGUUGCUUCCGCUGACUCGCUUGUGUAUCGAGCUAUGUAUUCGAGCCUUCGAGGCCCCUGGCUUGUAA